AUGUCCAUGAACGAGGGCAUCGCGGUCGUAACAAAGGUAGUCCCCAGUGUUCGGCGUGCUCCGGAACCAUCCGCGAUACUUACACGCGAGGACCUCGAUGCGGGUCCGGUCAGCUUGGACGAAAUCGAACCAGGGCUGUGGCUGGGAAAUGCGUCAGCUGCUGCCGACAUUGGAACACUGGAAAAACGCACCAUUCGCAGCAUCCUUUCGAUAGACUCCGUGCCCCUCCCGGUGCACAUAACAGACCAUCCGAAUCUUCGCGUGCGUCACAUACAAGCGGCGGAUGUACCGCGGGAGGAUUUGAUACGCCACUUUGAGAACAGCAACCGUUUCAUCGCGGACAGUUUGACCGAGGGUCGACACGUGCUCGUCCACUGCUACUUUGGCGUGAGCCGCAGUGCCACGAUGGUAAUCGCGUAUCUCAUGCAGAAGUACCGCCUUGGGUAUGAGGCCGCCUUUCAACGGGUAAAGGCGAAGCGCCGCUUCGUCAUGCCCAAUCCAGGAUUCGUGAAUCAACUCAAGCUGUACGCUCGCAUGGCCUACACAAUCGAUCGUACCAACGAACGGUACAAGUUGUUUCGUUUACGUCUAGCCGGGGAUAACGUGCGGAAGGCGAAACGGCUUCCUACUGACUGCAUGGACGUGGUUAAGGCUGAUCCAGGUGUGACACAAGAAUCACCAGAACCGUACGUUUAUCGCUGUCGAAAGUGUCGCCGCGUGGUCGCAACCAGAAGCAAUCUCCUGUUGCAUAAACCCAAAUCGGCUAUGGUGGCACAAUCGCCGGUAAAAAUUGGCCGUGAAGCGGAAGCUACAUUAGAGGAAAAUGCCGGUGAAGAAUCAGCCGAUCCAAAUGAAACCGAUGUGAAUAAUACUGCAGCUGCCAUGGAUCCUCCCUUGGCAACGGGGACGUUGGAUGAACGUGGAGCGAAUGAGUUGACAGAAAAACUGCGCCGUAGUUCGAUCAGCAGCGAGCAUAGCAACCGAUCCGCCUCGGAAAAGGACUCGCCAAUGUGCAGCAAAAUAUUCUUUAUCGAACCGCUGGCCUGGAUGACGGACGUUUACCGCAACACCCAGGGUAGGCUGUACUGCCCAAAAUGUACCGUUAAGCUGGGGAGCUUCAACUGGGUGAUGGCGACCAAAUGUCCCUGUGGUGCGGAAAUUUUCCCAGCGUUUUAUCUUGUUCCUUCGAAAACGGAAUAUUCGACCGUGGUUCAAAAUGUGCAAGUUACUGUUUAA